UUCAGUUUCUGAGGUAGUUCCACCAAGCUACUGUGAUUGCAUAGCAACCGAAUCAGAGAUCAUGUUUCUAAUUUCUUCCAAAGUUCAAAAUGAACGACAAAGUCCAGCAUUCAAACGAGCAGGACUCGGUGUACAACCAGCUCCGCUUGGCGGGAAAGUUGACUGAUGCUGUCAUCAUAGCCGAGGGCGUCGGGUUCCCAGUUCACAAGAUCAUCCUCUGCAACUGCACUCCGUAUUUCUGCGAACUCUUCACGCGGAGUUGCAGCCUGGACCAGGAGAUUUUUCACAUACCAGGCAUAUCCGCGGAAGUCAUGGGGCUCAUACUUGAAUACGCGUACACCAACUCCCUCACCAUCACAGAGGGCAACGUGCAGCAGCUGCUCCUGACGGCCAACCUGCUGUGCGCGUCCGAAGUGGUGCACGCCUGCUGCAUCUUCAUCGAGGACCUGAUCAACCCAGACAACUGCAUCGGGAUGUGGAGGUACACGACGACCGUCUGCCCGCAACCCGUGCUGCACUUCAAGAUCUACUGCUACAUUCUGAAGCACUUCGAAUCCGUCGCCCUGUGUGAUGAGUUCCUGCUGCUCUCUGCCGGGGAGCUCGCCGACAUCAUCGAAACAGACAACUUGAUUGUAAAAAAGGAGAGGAUGGUGUAUGAGGCCAUUUUAAGGUGGACCAGUCAUUCUCUCGAAGAGCGAGAGACGCACUUCCCUGCUCUCUUUUCUAAGAUCCGGCUGGCCCUGUUGGACGUAGAGUACAUCAGAGACAAAGUGCUGCCCAAUACGCUGACGCAAGGAUCGUGUCUCUCUCUCCUCUCUGAAGCCACCAAGACUAUAACCCAGCUGCUCUCAAUCAGGCCUUAUCUGACCGGCGUCUGCAACCCCCUGGCCCGCCCUCGGUUGCCGACUGGCAUCCUACUGGCCAUCGGCGGCUGGAGUGGCGGUGGUCCCACCAACGGCAUCGAGGCGUACGACGUCCGUGCCGACUGCUGGAUCAACGUGACCAACAACACGGAGCGUCCUCGUGCCUACCACGGCACCAUCUUCCUCAACAACUUUGUCUACUGCAUCGGCGGCUUUGACAGGCUGGAGCAUUUCAACAGCGUGCGCAAGUUUGACCCCAUCAAGGGCAACUGGCACGAGGUGGCUCCCAUGUACUACCAACGAUGCUACGUUAGCGUCACAGUGCUGAACGGCUACAUCUACGCCAUAGGAGGCUAUGAUGGACACAUGAGACUAAGCACAGCUGAGUACUAUCGGCCAGAGCUCAACCAGUGGACUUUGAUUGCUCCCAUGCACGAGCAAAGGAGUGACGCGAACUGCACCACCCUCAACAAUAAGAUUUACAUUUGUGGGGGAUUCAAUGGACACGACUGCCUGCAGACAGCUGAAUAUUACAGCCCAGAGACCAACCAGUGGACAAUGAUCUCCCCCAUGAACAGCCAGCGCAGCGGAAUAGGAGUCGUCGCAUAUGCAGGUCAUGUUUACGCGGUCGGCGGCUUCGAUGGCAACAGCCGCCUGCGCUCGGCGGAGGCUUACAAUCCUGAGACUAACGCCUGGACAAAUGUGGCCUCCAUGAUCACCACCCGCAGUAACUUUGGGAUUGAAGUAGUCGAAGACCGGCUCUUUGUGGUCGGGGGCUUCAACGGCUUCACCACAAGCUAUCAUGUCGAGUGCUACGACGCCACAAGAAACGAAUGGUUGGAGGUCUGCGGCAUGGGGAUCUUCCGGAGCGCCGUGAGCUGCUGCGUGAUAGCCGGACUCCCCAACAUGCCUGAGUACGUGAUCCCUCGUGACGCCCUGCCCCUGCUGCCCCUAGAGGACGACCACGAAACGGAUUCAGGAGACUCCUCCUAAAACUAGCGAAUUAAGACUUUCUCUCCAGUGCCAUCUAAGACAGGAACAACUGUAAGAUUGCAUUGUCAAUAUACCAUUGAGAGCAUCAAACCAC